AUGGCCGAAUCUGCCUCGCCGAUUGGCAUUGCCAAUCUCCCCAACCAGCGUCACAAGAUUGUCGCCAAGCGCGGCGCUGCCUUCACCAUCAUGGUCGCUGGCGAGUCCGGCCUGGGAAAGACGACCUUCAUCAACACCCUCUUCAGCACCACCAUCAAGAACUACGCCGACCACCGCCGCCGUCACGCUAAGCAGGUGGACAAGACUGUUGAGAUUGAGAUCACCAAGGCCGAGCUGGAAGAGAAGUUCUUCAAGGUCCGCUUGACCGUCAUUGAUACCCCUGGUUUCGGCGACUACGUGAACAACAGGGACAGCUGGCAGCCAAUCAUUGAGUUCCUGGACGACCAGCAUGAGAGCUACAUGCUCCAGGAGCAGCAGCCGAGGAGAACGGAGAAGAUUGAUCUCAGAGUCCACGCCUGUCUCUACUUCAUCCGCCCGACUGGCCACACCCUCAAGCCACUCGACAUUGAGGUCAUGAAGCGCCUGUGCACGCGCGUCAACCUGAUCCCAGUCGUGGCCAAGGCUGAUACACUCUCCCCAGCUGAUCUCGCCAAGUUCAAGCACCGCAUUCGAAACGUCAUCGAAGCGCAAGGCAUCAAGAUCUACACUCCACCGCUCGAGGAGGACGACGAGGCCGGCCUCCAGCACGCUCGUAGCUUGAUCGCUGCCAUGCCGUUCUCCGUGAUAGGAUCCGAGAGGGACGUCAGCACUCCAGAUGGCCGCACCGUGAAGGGUCGCCAAUACGCCUGGGGUGUCGCCGAGGUCGAGAACGAGGACCACUGCGACUUCAAGAAGCUUCGCGCUAUCCUUAUCCGCACACACAUGCUUGACCUGAUCCACACCACCGAAGAGAACCACUACGAGGCAUACCGCGCUCAACAGAUGGAGACCAGAAAGUUUGGCGAGGCACGGCCAAGGAAGCUUGAUAACCCCAAGUUCAAGGAAGAAGAGGAGCAGCUUAGGAAGAGAUUCACUGAGCAAGUCAAGGUCGAAGAGCAGCGCUUCAGACAGUGGGAGCAGAAGCUCAUCUCGGAGAGGGACCGCCUGAACAAGGACCUCGAGCAGAGCCACGCUGUUAUCAAGCAGCUGGAGGCUGAGGUCGAGGCCCUGCAGGGCAGCAUGUCCCGAACCGGCCGCCGCUAA